AUGACCUCUCUUCCAGGAAGCAAAGACCCUUCGCCUUCGACUCAAGCGAGCAAAGCAACACAAACUGCUGAUAGUUCCUUCACUAUCAUGACUGCAUCUCAUGGUCCCAUCCCCACUCUCAAAGACCCUAGUUCGGCCAACAUCAGCAAGCGCGAGUACAUCUACUUCCUACCAUAUCCGCUUCCUCCAAAUACCGAAGUUCCCUACUCGAUCCAUCUCCCCGACAGGAACCCUCUGAACCUACCCUCUCACCAAUUCGAGCCUACAUCCACCGUGGUACUAACAAGCCCCAACCACACUUUUGUCGACAUCCGCAUCUACAAGUCGUUCAAAACCACCGAGCCAAACCCCAAUCAAGGACACUCUCAGAAACUAGACUGGGCCUUUGCCGGCACCUCCUCUUCCGUCCCCAUCACCUUGCCACCCAGCGGCCCGCAUCACGGGAAAUCCAAAAAGCGGCUCGAAGAAGACACAUGGAAGAACGUUACGCAUUCUACCUGGACGCACUGGGUCGAUUCUCGGUAUGCGGUUGGUAGUUCUGAUAUUCCUGUUGAUGAAGGAGACAUGUAUCCUAUCGCACCGCAACUUACGUUGGAAGUGGGGCAUGGGUUUCAUCCUGCGCUGGAUGCGGUCAAGACGCACGAGGAGAUGUGGAAGGAUGAGGACGUUGUGUCGACGAACAAGGCUGGAAGUAAGAUUUGUGUUGUCAUGAGGUGUCAGGCGGAUGCGGCGGGGGUGAGGGGUGUGGUUGUUCGGUUAGGGCAGUAUUGUCAGGGGAUUAUGAUGGCUGGGGAGAAGACGACUGUUGAGCGGUGGGAAUGGAAGGAUGGGGAGAAUGGAGAGGAUGAGGUGGGGGAGUGGAAGAGAAGUGUUAGGAUUGGUGAUGGGUUUGUGCCUUGUGGGGUUGCGUUUAGGCCUGAGGUGUUGGGCGUUGGUGCAGUGGUCAAGUUUCAUGACUUUGAGUGGGUUGUGGAGGAGGCUUGGGAGUGGAAUUAG